AUGAUUCUUCGAGAUUUUAAAGUGAUGUUUCCCGGGAAAUUGCGAUGGAUAGUUUGGUGUGCAUUGGUUCUUUCCAUUCUGCCACCGAUCGACGGUUUCGUGGGGCUGCCACUGUCAACAAAACCCGCACGCCUUUGGCCACAGCUACUGCUUCUCGCCAACACAUCCAGCCCCACCGUAAGACAGGUAGUUCCGGGCGAACAGUGUGACCGUCCGUGCACUCCGGAUGGGCCACCGCUAACGUGUCACUUUCACUGGAAGCUAGAAAACUUUGCCACCAUGGGAUCCUCUUGCUGGCACUGUGGAAUCGGUGUGCUCAAGCACUGCUUCGACCCACAGUGCAUCACGGCCAACGGGAUGGAACGGGGUGUCUUUACCAUCAACCGCCAGAUCCCGGGACCACCGAUACACGUCUGCAAGCACGACGCCAUCGUGGUGGACGUCGAGAACGAGAUGGAGGGUCUCGGUUCGACGAUACACUGGCACGGAUUCCAUCAGAAGGACAGUCCCUGGAUGGACGGUGUGCCGAUGGUGACCCAAUGCCCGAUAGCGCAGGGUACUGCCUUUCGCUAUCAGUUUACCGCGGUCGAAGCCGGCACACAGUUUUACCACUCGCACGCCGGCUUUCAGAAGGCGAACGGCCACUACGGUAUGCUGGUCGUGCGCGACCCAAGCGACCUGAACCGGGAGCACUACGACUACGAUCUGUCCGAGCAUCGGAUCAUCAUCGCGGACUGGACGCUGGACAUGGUGGAGAAGUGGGUGCCGGGCAUCCAAAACGACUCGAUGCGCGUCGACUCCAUCCUCAUCAAUGGUCGCGGGCGGUACUUUAAUGAAACGACCGGCACUCGAAAGGAUGCCCCGCUGACCGUGUACCUGGUGGAGUAUGGCAAACGGUACCGCUUUCGGUUGAUCAGCAGCGGCAGCCAGUACUGUCCGUUUCAGAUGCAGAUCCAAAAUCACAGCAUGCUGAUCAUCUCCACUGACGGUGGAACCGUACAACCUCAACACACCAUAGACACACUGGUAUCCAUCUCUGGCGAACGUUACGAUUUCGUCCUAACGGCCAACCAACCCCCGGGCAAUUACUGGGUACGUGUACGUGGGAUCGGUUUCUGUGAUCCGAUGCGCGUAGAAGACUUUGCCAUCCUGUCCUACCACACGAAGGAAACGUUUCCCCCGGCCAGCGGGCUGACGGUAGCGCAAACAUUAUCCUACCCACAGGAACCGCUACCAUCGUACGACGAGCCAUAUCCGGAAGGUAUCGUGUUUAACCACCAAACUGCGCCCUGCUACACGCCCAACGAUACGUACAUCUGUGCGGCGGAUCUCGAAUCGUACGAAGUGUUUCGCGACAAUGGACUCAUCGAUGCCGUGCCGGAUCAUACGUUUUUCCUUGGAUUUAAUGUAAUUGAGGCGAACAAUAGCUUACUGUUUUCGAAGCGUGGUUUUAGCCAUUUCGCAACCGUCCGGGAUAGGUUCAACACGAUCGGUGCUACGAACAUGAUCAGCUUCGUGCCACCCUCGUUCCCGCUGCUGAUUCAACCGGAGCUGAUAGUCGACGAGAAUGCACAGUUUUGCAACGUUAGCCACAAGCCGGCCCACUGCACGGACGACCAUUUGUGCUUCUGCACUUACCGCAUCAAGGUGAAGCACAACGAAGUCAUCGAGAUCGUGCUGUUCGAUACGGCUCCGGUGCAACAAAAGUUUUACCAUCCCUUUCAUCUCCACGGUCAUCGAUUUAUUGUGACCGAUACUGGGCGCUUCCCGAACGACAUUCUUACGGAUCAGAUAACAUACCUGAGGAAUCUUCAGACCGUUCGGCGCCCAAACGCAAACUGCCCACCGUACAAGGAUACAAUGUCGAUACCGAACCGGGGCUACGUACGGGUACGGUUCCGUGCAGACAAUCCGGGCUUCUGGCUGGUACACUGUCACUUUGAAUGGCAUCUUGCCAACGGGAUGGGACUGGUGUUGCAGAUUGGUGAACCGAACGAAAUGCUGAAACCGCCGGCCAAUUUCCCACGCUGCGGUAGCUAUCAACCACCGAUAGAGGAAGCUACCGAUGGGGAGGGUAACGGUAAUGCGUUGUGA